GACGCCUCGAUCCGCUCAGUCACCGCCCAGACCGCGCCGCGAGCGAUCCAUCCGCCGUGGCUUUCGCCGUGUUUACACCGGUUCCCGUGUGCCUGUGACUCUCUCGUCUUCCACGGUUAUCGUCUCGCUAAACGGCGUACACUCGAUAAACUUUGCCUUUGGUUGCGCGUACACGUGCACGCGUGCAUUUCGCUCCGCUUCCUGCCUUUUUUCAUUCGAAAGAUCGAAUCGCGAUUGGUACGAAUCCGAUCCGGGACUUGGCCGCGUGCAGUGAUCUCUCGAACGAGUGAUAUCGAUCACGUGAACCGCAGUGCAUAGUGGUAGAGUUGGUGGCGCGGUGGAGUCGGCCGGGGAGUCGGCACAUCCUGCGGAGAGCGGUUUCCUCUGGAGGCGGUCAGAAGGCAGUCAAGAUUCAUCGCCGCCCGGAAAUGCGAGAAAGUCAAGGUCGUUUUAUUUACACCGUUACGUACAACCGCCGAUCCCUCGUCAACCUCGGCAACCGGUUUCGCGCCAGCCGAACGGAAGUCUCGUGAAUCGGCCUUUAUCUUGGAUCGUCCUGUGUUGUGCGCCGUUUAAUCAUUCUUCUGUUGUUGUUGUUGUUGUUGUUUACGCGCACUUUACGCCGGCCACUUCUCUUCGCGAAAGGCGACGAUCCUUUCUCCUCUUCUUCGUCUUCUUCCUCUUUUGAAAGAAGAGUUGUUUCGUUCUCGAAGGAUACAAGGAGGAGAAAGAAGUUGAAUGGGAAUAAGAUCGAGAGUAAGAUCGACAUCGGGGGACGGGAAUUCGAGUCAAAUUAUAACCUAACACGGUGAGGCGAGGGCUACGUGAGGGCUGAUCCGAUGAAUGGGGCUCAGCUCUGGCACAGUUCUCCAUCGGGGCAAAUCAUGACAGGAACGUACCGAAGAUCGAAAGCGCGCACAAAGAUGAGGAGCAUGGGGCCGGGGGCGCGAGAUCCCCUGGUGAAAGCGGUCUCGGCGAAGAAAUCGGUGCUCCCGACGAGGAUUGCGCGCAUCUCGCUUUGAGGAUGGAUACCAACACGAGCAGGGGCUGGAACUCGGGCGGGAGGGCAUUCCUGCGGGGUAUCGGGCAACGCGUCAGCUUCGACCCCGAGGCGCCCCCGCCGCCGUCCCAGCCUGCCAGAAAGAUCGACGAAAAGGUGAAGAGGCACAGCAUCCACGGCAUGAUAGAGGAAGAGAACGUGGUGAGACCUCACCAAGAAAUGGCCAGUCUGUCCUAUCAAGAGAAGAAGUAUCUUCUCGCGGUGGAGCGGGGAGACGUUGCCUCCGUCAGAAGAAUGUUGCAAAGCGCCCAGGAAACCGAAAUGAACAUCAAUUGCGUGGAUCCGUUGGGACGGUCCGCCCUAUUGAUGGCGAUCGAUAACGAAAAUCUGGAGAUGGUGGAGCUUCUGAUCGAGCACAAGGUCGACACGAAGGAUGCCCUUCUCCACGCGAUCUCCGAGGAAUUCGUGGAGGCGGUCGAGGUGCUUCUGGAACACGAGGAGAGUCUUCAUCGAAAUGGGGAGCCACACGUUAGUCGCUUUCAUCGUCUAGUAUAUAGUUGGGAAGCCCUGCCAUCCGACACAGCCACGUUCACACCAGACAUCACUCCCCUGAUCCUAGCCGCGCACAGAGACAAUUACGAGAUCAUUAAGAUUCUUCUGGAUCGCGGAUCCACGUUGCCUAUGCCGCACGAUGUUCGUUGCGGGUGCGACGAGUGCGUGACAUCGAGGAGGGAGGAUUCCCUGAGGCAUUCCAGGAGUCGAAUAAACGCGUACAGAGCCUUAGCCUCGCCGUCCUUGAUCGCCCUUUCCUCAAAGGAUCCAAUCCUGACGGCGUUCGAACUCUCGUGGGAGCUCCGCCGCCUCUCGUUCCUCGAGCACGAGUUCAAAUGCGAAUACCAGGAGCUCAGAAGACAAUGCCAGGACUUCGCCACCGCCCUGUUGGAUCACACGAGAAGUUCGUACGAAUUGGAGGUGCUGUUGAACCACGAUCCGACCGGGCCUGCGUUCGAGCACGGCGAGAGGAUGCAUCUGAACCGGCUCAAGCUCGCCAUCAAACUUCGACAGAAGAAGUUCGUGGCGCAUCCUAACGUGCAGCAGUUACUCGCAUCGAUUUGGUACGAGGGUCUUCCGGGCUUCCGGAGGAAAAACAUGGUUCUCCAGGCGUUGGAGAUAGUCAAGAUCGGCGUUCUAUUCCCUUUCUUCAGCGUCGCGUACAUCAUCGCCCCCCACUGCGUGGUCGGCCAGACCAUGAGGAAACCGUUCAUCAAGUUCAUCUGUCACUCGGCCUCCUACUUCACCUUCCUCUUCAUGUUGAUUCUGGCUAGUCAGAGGAUAGAGAGCGUGAUUGGAAAUUGGAUGGGCAGGGACGUGGUGGAGCAGGAUACAGUGCCGACGAAAAGGGGAGCUGCGCCUACCAUCAUCGAAUGGUUCAUCCUGGCGUGGGUCUCGGGCCUGAUUUGGUCCGAGGUGAAGCAGCUGUGGGACGUCGGCCUCGAGGAGUACGUGAACGACAUGUGGAACGUGAUCGACUUCGUGACCAACUCCUUGUACGUGGCCACCGCCGCCCUAAGGGUGGUCGCCUACUACAGGGUCAAGUGGGAGAUCGAGAAAUCGGGAUCGGAGGUCGAGCUCCAACGCGAACAGUGGGACACGUGGGACCCGAUGCUCAUAUCGGAGGGUCUUUUCUCCGCCGCCAACAUAUUCAGCUCCCUGAAACUCGUCUACAUUUUCUCGGUAAACCCUCACCUCGGCCCCCUGCAAGUCUCCCUGUCCAGAAUGGUGAUGGACAUCAUGAAGUUCUUCUUCCUCUACGUGCUGGUGCUGUUCGCGUUCUCGUGCGGUUUGAACCAGUUGUUGUGGUAUUACGCGGAUAUGGAGAAGAAGAGAUGCCCGACCGCGAUGUCGUACGCCCCUAACGCCAGCGUCACCACCGAUUCGAACGCUUGCAUCGUUUGGCGUCGAUUUGCAAACUUGUUCGAAACGACCCAAACACUGUUCUGGGCCGUGUUCGGCCUGGUCGAUCUCGAGAGCUUCGAAUUGGACGGUAUCAAAGCGUUCACCAGGUUCUGGGGUAUGCUGAUGUUCGGCACGUACUCGGUGAUCAACAUCGUCGUUUUACUCAAUCUAUUGAUCGCCAUGAUGAAUCAUUCCUACCAAUUGAUCUCCGAACGCGCCGACAUCGAGUGGAAGUUCGCCAGGAGCAAGCUUUGGAUCAGCUACUUCGAGGAGGGUGGCACGGUCCCACCCCCGUUCAACAUCAUCCCCACCCCGAAGAGCGUCUGGUACAUGGGCCAAUGGCUGUACAGGAAACUGUGCGGGCACAGCAGAGCGGCCAAGAAGGAGCACAUGAGGACGAUCAGAAGGAAGGUUAAGCAGGCGUCCGAGAGGGACUUCAGAUAUCAAAGCAUCAUGAGAAAUUUGGUGAGGAGGUACGUGACGGUUGAGCAGAGGAAGGCGGAGAGCGAGGGGGUGACCGAGGACGACGUGAACGAGAUCAAGCAGGACAUCAGCGCCCUUCGUUGCGAAUUGAUCGAGAUCCUGAAGAAUUCCGGGAUGAACACCUCGACGGCAAGCGGUACCGGAACCGACGGUAGCCUUAAAGAGCUGUCCAUAGGUGCGGGGGGUAAGAAGAAUCGUCAGAAGGAGCGGCGGCUGAUGAAAGGUUUCAACAUCGCCCCUCAACCGAGCGGGAGCGGCUCCCUUCCCCCCGUAGACGAGUUCGCGGCUUCGUUGCAACAGGCGCAACAGGAGAACUCGCACGAGCUGUUCGGCUCGACGUUGAGCGGUAUAUUCGGUCCGGGCACGACGCCCAAGAAGAGCCCUCACCACACGAGCACGAACAGCGUGCCAGGCCUCGGUACCAGCAGGCAGAGCCGUAGGAUAAGAGGGAGCUCGAAGAAGAAGAGAUGGGAGAAUCUGAUCGAGGCGGCCAAGGUUCGCGGCAAGGUUUCCAGGCUGAUCGGCAGAUCUCGUUCCGAGGAUUCCGUGUACUCGCCCGCGUCCGAGGACGGGGGUUCCAGAUCCGAGGGAUCGACCGACUCGAAGUCGUCGCUGGAGCAAGGCGCGAACGACGGCCAACCGACGCACCAUCCCCAUCACGCACACCACUCGCAUCACCACGAGGGGGGGCAUCACGUGUUCCCUCACGGCCUAGGCGCGUUGGUGGCGCUUCGAAAGAAGCGGAAGACGUUCUCGGAUUCGAGGUCCUCGACCUCGGGCAUGAGGAGCGGAAGCGGCACCAAUCCCAUAUACCCGUUGGCCACUGCCCUCGUCUCCAAGGUGUCGAGGAAGCAGCAACUGCAGAGGGCGAGCAGCGUGCCGACCAGGGGGCCGGAACUGGGCCAGCAGCCGAUCCCGCCGAGGCGACACGAGGGCACGCAGAGCCAGCAGCCGAGCAUCGACACUCCCGAGGGAGCGAGCGCUAACGAGCAACCCGUAGUUCCGGCGGCACCGCUGACACCAUCGACCACCGAGGAGAGCGUGGCCGCGAGCACCUCCCUCCCUGCGACCAUGAAGAGGAACGGGUCCGCGACUCAGCUGCAACGGCUUCCGGGCAUCGAGCCGAUAUCCGGCCACGACGUGUCCGGGGGAUGGCUCUGAGAGGAUCCGAGCGUCGCCCCCGGGCGACGUAUCAACCAUCGUGGGACGUGACUCGCGCGUGAACCGAGUUGCGAAAAUCAACGAAAGCUGGAACGACGACGACGACGACAUCGAUCGAGGCAUCGUGGUCGUCGUGGCACACGCACAAUGAUGCCUUUCGCCGGCAAACCGAUUUCGCCGUGACAAACAAACACUAUAGAUAUAUAUAUAUAUAUAUAUAUAUAUAUUAUUAUGUAAAUGUAUAUUAAUUAUUAAUAAGCGACGUCGGCCGUGAAAUCUCGAGCUAAACAUCGUCGACCCAUCGAAGACUCUAUUCCCUUCAACGUUUCGAGGACGUAACGCGAGGAGGAGAAGUUCAACUUUGAUACGCGCCAACUUUCUCGAUUUUUUUCCUUCUCGGGAACAGGAGAGAUUAACUUUCGCGGCGCUUCAGUCAUGUCAUCCAAAACGAAAACCAUAUGAAAACCGUCCCCGAACUUUUUUUUCGGGGAAUACGCGUAUUUAUGAGGGGACGGAGAAGGGAGAAAGAUCGUCGUUAAGACGUUCCUCCCCCCGUCGCUGAAAACUUUCUUCUCGGCGAUCUCCCGAUUUAUCGCACCUUUCUGACGGCGAAAACGUAGGAAAGUUUCCAGCGAUCGCGCCAACCAAGAGUUAAUCUCGUCCGUCGAGUGUCGCCACCGAUGAUUUUGUACCACGUCUUAUCGCAUACUAUUACUAUACUAUUACUAUACUAACUAACUGCUACUACUGCCAGAACGGGAAAGGGCAAAUUGGGUCGGCGAGGAGGAAUUUAAUCUAGUCACCGGUCUAGUCGAAAAGAAGAGGAUCACGACGAUCGGUCGCGUUGUUGGCGUUUACCUUUCAAAGGACAAUUUAUUAGAUUAACGAUUUUGGAUUAACGAUGGAAAUUCUGGAAAUUCUGGACCCAUUGCGACGAAUUUAUAAUCGCGUUGUUGCUUCAGGAAGCUGGUCUACUGAAGAUAGGGAAUUUAUCUUUUUUUUUUCGAUCCUCUUCGUAACAAUUUUUCCUUUUUUCCUCUUUUCCUUCAACCAAACUCUAGUCAACGAUCCAAUCGUUACGUAUUAUCUUUCCUUCCUUUCUCCUUUUUUUCUCUCUCCUUUCCUAAGUUAAAAGCGCCACGGAAGGAAAGGAACGGUCUCGGCUCGAAUUAAUUAAAGUUAUGAUAAAUUGUUGUUUCUUGGGGAACAAUUGCCAAACCGAUUAAGAAACCUUAGUAUUUACCCAAGCGAUCGAAAUAUAUAUAUAUAUAUAUAGCCGAGAAAACCGAGGAAGAUUGGAACGAUCUCGUCCAAUUUCCUCCGUGACGAAACACCCGUUUCUAAACAGAGUCAGUUUCUCGCGUUCAUCCCUUUCCCCUUUUGUUAACACGAGCAUAAAAGCGCGAGAAGGUAGGAGAAGGAGGAGGAGGAGAUAAGAGAUGUGACACGACCAAAGAAAAGAAAAGAAAAAAAAAAAAA